AUGCCAGCAGAGGAGGGAAAAAAGCUCUGGGAGCUAAUUCUUGAACAAUUUGAUGAUCUCCUUGUUAAAAUUCUUUUACUCGCCGCAAUAAUUUCAUUUGUCCUCGCUUUAUUUGAAGAACAUGAUGACCAAACGAGUGCUGUUACGGCUUUUGUGGAACCUUUUGUUAUUUUGCUCAUUUUGAUUGCAAAUGCAACUGUUGGGGUUUGGCAGGAAAGGAAUGCUGAAAGUGCAAUUGAAGCACUUAAAGAAUAUGAACCCGAAAUGGCUAAAGUAAUACGUUCUGGAAAGCAUGGAAUUCAAAUGAUUCGAGCUAAAGAACUUGUUCCAGGGGAUGUUGUUGAAGUUUCAGUUGGUGACAAAAUCCCAGCAGACCUUCGCCUCGUCAAAAUUUAUUCUACAACAAUCAGAAUUGACCAAUCUAUUCUUACUGGAGAAUCUGUUUCUGUUAUUAAAAAUUUGGACACUGUGCCUGAUCCGAGGGCUGUAAAUCAGGACAAGAAAAAUUGCCUUUUUUCGGGUACAAACGUUGCUUCUGGUAAAGCUCGUGGAAUUGUUUUUGGAACUGGUUUAAAUACAGAAAUUGGAAAAAUCAGGACAGAAAUAACUGAAACGGAAUCUGAUAAGACUCCUUUACAGCAAAAGUUGGAUGAGUUUGGGGAACAACUUUCUAAGGUUAUUUCAAUAAUUUGUAUUGCUGUCUGGGCUAUCAAUAUUGGACAUUUCAAUGACCCAGCACAUGGUGGUUCUUGGUUAAAAGGAGCAAUUUAUUACUUCAAAAUUGCUGUUGCCCUUGCCGUUGCAGCUAUCCCUGAAGGCCUUCCAGCAGUAAUUACAACCUGUCUAGCUUUAGGAACUCGUAGAAUGGCUAAAAAGAAUGCAAUUGUUCGUUCACUUCCUUCAGUCGAAACUUUGGGUUGCACAUCGGUUAUUUGUUCUGAUAAAACUGGAACUUUGACAACAAAUCAAAUGUCGGUGUCAAAAAUGUUUAUUGUGGAGGGAGCGCGUGGAGAUCAAAUUAGCUUCAGUGAAUAUUCAAUAACUGGUUCUACUUACGAGCCUCAAGGUCAAAUUCUCCAUAGUGGCAUUCAAAUUAAUUGUGCCUCUGAUGAUCACAAAGCUUUAACUGAAUUGGCAACAAUUUGCUCAAUGUGUAAUGAUUCUUCUGUUGAUUAUAAUGAGACUAAACAUGCUUACGAAAAAGUUGGAGAGGCAACCGAAACAGCUUUAGUCGUUCUUGUUGAAAAAAUGAAUGUUUAUGAUACACCGAAAGGCGGACUUUCACCUCGGGACAUUGGAAAUGUUUGCAAUCGAGUAAUUCAACAAAAAUGGCAAAAAGAAUUUACUUUGGAAUUUUCUCGUGACAGAAAGUCAAUGUCUGUCUUUUGUGUUCCAACAGUUUCUAAUUCUGGUGCUCGGAUGUUUGUUAAGGGUGCUCCAGAAGGUGUUCUUUCCCGUUGUACUCAUGUUCGAAUUGGUGACCAAAAAGUUCCACUUACCCCUGCAAUGACUCAAAAAAUUGUUCAACAUUGUGUUAAAUAUGGAACUGGGCAAGAUACUUUACGUUGUUUGGCUCUUGGAACAGUUGAUGAACCGCCAACACCGAAUGCUAUGAACUUGGAGGACUCUACUAAAUUUGGUGAAUAUGAACGUAACAUAACUUUUGUUGGUGUUGUUGGAAUGUUAGACCCUCCACGUCAAGAAGUUGCUCUUUCAAUUCGUGAAUGUUUUCAUGCUGGGAUUCGUGUUAUUAUGAUAACUGGAGACAAUAAAAACACUGCAGAAGCUAUUGGACGUAGAAUUGGUCUUUUUGGAGAAAAUGAAGACACUACAGGAUUGUCUUAUACUGGAAGAGAAUUUGAUGAUCUCUCGCCAGAACAGCAAAGUCAAGCAUGUAAAAGAGCCAAACUUUUUGCUCGUGUAGAGCCUGCACAUAAAUCUAAGGUUUUUAAUUUUGUUUAUAAUUCGAGGGGAUUAAUUGUGUUAAAAGUUGGCGGUUUUGGGAAAUUUCCGGAUAUCCGAAACGAAAUUCGAACCAGAGAUGCACGAAAAUUUUUCGUUUUGUGUUCCCUCUUCUUUUUUAGCUUUAAGGAGAAUAUGAAUUUUCUUCCGCUUCUUUUCUUUUCCUUCCUACCUAUAGGCAUUUAUUUUUGUACACAAACGAAAUCUUUGUCAUCUCGGAUUCGAGCCUUCAUUGUUGAAUAUCUCCAAUCUCAUGGUGAAAUAACGGCAAUGACUGGUGAUGGUGUUAACGAUGCGCCAGCACUUAAGAAAGCAGAAAUUGGUAUUGCAAUGGGUUCCGGUACUGCUGUAGCUAAAAGUGCGGCUGAAAUGGUUUUGGCUGAUGAUAAUUUUGCUACAAUAGUAGCUGCUGUUGAGGAAGGCCGUGCAAUUUAUAACAACAUGAAACAAUUUAUUAGAUAUUUAAUUUCUUCAAAUAUUGGUGAAGUUGUUUCAAUUUUCUUGGUUGCUGCACUUGGAAUUCCUGAGGCUUUAAUCCCAGUACAACUUCUUUGGGUCAACUUAGUAACUGAUGGUUUGCCAGCAACCGCAUUAGGCUUUAAUCCUCCCGAUUUGGAUAUUAUGGAUCGCCAGCCACGUUCAGCCUCUGAAUCUUUAAUUUCUAAAUGGCUUUUCUUCCGUUAUAUGGCUAUUGGAACUUAUGUUGGAUGUGCCACAGUUGCUGCAUCAAUGUGGUGGUUCUUAAUUUACGAGGAUGGCCCUCAAGUAAGUUAUUAUCAAUUAACACAUUGGAUGCGUUGUGAUAUUGAACCUGAAAACUUUGAUGACCUUGACUGUUCUGUGUUUAUGGAUAAUCAUCCUAAUGCUAUGGCACUUUCUGUUUUGGUGACAAUUGAAAUGUUGAAUGCUGUGAAUAGGUGAGGAAGAGAGGGGGAUUUAAAUAUGGCCGAGUUUUUUGUUUUUCAUUUUUUGAAAAUCCUGUUUAAAAUUAGAAUCGUUCGCAUUUAUUCGGUUUCUUGUUUUUAUUCUUACCCCCAGAAAUCACACUUGAAAACUUU